AGAAGCGUGAGAUGUAUGGUUGUCAUGUGUCAUGCCGUCUGGCUGGUAGUCAGCUGACAGCCCCUGGUCGCCUGUGAUGUUUACUUUCUUUGUUUAGUGCGUUAAACGUGUUUCUUUUGAAUGAAUGCAGCGCUAUGCUUCGCCCAGGAGAACCAUGGUAGUCGUCAACUCGGUGCUGAAGCUGUUACAGAGGCAGACGUACACCUGUCUGUCCCAUCGAUACGGGCUGUACCUCUGCUUUGGGGGGCUCGUCCUCAUGAUAGUUUCCGCCUUUCAGUUUGGCGAGGUGGUGGUGGAGUGGAGUCGGGACCAGUAUCAUGUGCUGUUUGAUUCGUACAGAGACAAUGUGGGUGGGAAAUCAUUCCAGAGCAGGCUCUGUCUGCCCAUGCCUAUUGAUGUGGUGUACACAUGGGUGAAUGGCACCGACAUGGCUCUGCUGAAGGAACUGAAGACGGUCAAGGAGCAACUGGAGGAGGAACAAAAAGCUCUAAGGGAACGCCUGGGGAAAAAUGCAAGUGAGACAACUGAAGUGCCAAAAGAGAGUGUAAAGCCGGAGUGUCUGCUGUCCCACUGCAUCAUAGCGCCCAUGCUGGCGCUGGACCCUGCACUGCCAGCCAACAUCACACUCAAAGAGCUGCCGUCGCUCUCUCCCUCCUUCUCUGCUGCCAAAGAGCUGCUGCUGAUGAACAAACCCUUUCACCCGUCCACCACCGUCUCCGUUGCCAUCUUCCACUCUCAGGCUGACGCUGAUAAAGCCUUUACAGAUGUGUCUAAAGAGGAACAGAAGUUCUCUGUGUCCAGAUGUUACCUGACGACAGAUAAAGAGGCUCCAGGUCUGAUCCGCAUGCAGUCUCUGGCCUACCUGAGCGGCUUCCCGGCAACGUUUAAGGAAACAGAGCAGCUGAGAGUCAAACUGCCCUCUGCAAUAACCAAUAAGAUCAAACAGUUUGAGUUGUACUCCGAGGCCAGCAUCGCCCUGCUCCACCUGAACACUCCACAGGACUUCACCGAUCUCACCCAGCAGGCGAAAAAGAACCUGACGCUGGAUGGAAAAGAGUUAACCAUCAGCCCUGGCUACUUGUUCUGGGACCUGACCGCCAUCUCACAGUCUAAACAGGAUGAAGAUGUCUCAGCCAGCCGAUUCGAAGACAACGAGGAGCUCCGCUAUUCGCUGCGCUCUGUGGAGAGACACGCCCCCUGGGUGCGACACAUCUUCAUUGUCACGAACGGGCAGAUUCCCUCCUGGCUCAACCUGGAUAACCCCAGAGUUACAGUUGUCACACAUCAGGAUAUCUUCCUGAACAGCAGCCACCUUCCCACCUUCAGCUCCCCUGCCAUAGAGACCCACAUCCACCGCAUCCCAGGGCUCUCCCAAAAGUUCAUUUACCUCAACGAUGACGUGAUGUUUGGCAAAGACGUCUGGCCGGACGACUUCUACAGCCACUCCAAAGGACAGAAGGUGUAUCUCACCUGGCCUGUACCCAACUGUGCUGAGGGCUGCCCAGGAUCCUGGAUCAAAGAUGGGUACUGUGACAAAGCCUGUAACAACUCCGCCUGUGACUGGGAUGGAGGAGACUGCCUCGGUGCGGCAGGGAACAGCCGGUUUGCGGCUGGUGUCGGAGGUGGCGGGCCUGGUGGAGCUGGUGGACAGGUGUGGCAGUUUGCAGGGGGUCUAGGAGGUCUUGGGGGGACAUCGUACUGUAAUCAAGGCUGUGCCAACUCCUGGCUGGCGGACAAGUUCUGCGACCAAGCCUGCAAUGUUCUCUCCUGUGGAUACGAUGUGGGAGACUGCGGCCAAGAGCACUUUGGCGAGCUGUACCAUGUGACCCUGCUGAAGAACCAGACCCUGUACACCCUCCCAGUGGGUGAAACCAGGCCAUAUUUCAGCUUCGACAGACUGGCCCGCAGAGUCUCAGAGGCCCACGUCAGCGACAACCCGGCACUUCGCCACACCUCCGUCGCCAACAAGUGGAAAACCAUUCACCUGCUGCUCCAUCCAGGCCACAACGCCACCCAGAUUCACUACAAUCUCACUUUCCAGAGACAAGAUGACACAGAGUUCACCAUGAGCUUCAGCGUAGCUGUCGACACUCGCGAGGUACCCCAAGUUAAUGUGUCCCAAGCUGCGAGCAAAGACGGCGGCAAAGAGCCAAAGCCAACCCCGACUCCAGAGCCACCUGUACCGUUCUCAGACAUUCCUGAGGACAAACAGGGGCCUAAGAUCAAGAGGAGGCAGCCAGGUGAACCUCAGGUUGUCGUUGAAGUUCCCUCACUGAACGUGUCUCUUCUACCAGCUGCUGUGCAGAGUGAGCUGCAGAAGCUGGAGGAGAAACUUCUGAUCGGUGACAUCACUGUGAAGGGUUAUAACCUCACAAAGGCUGAACUUCUAAAACCGUACAGGGCACUGGCUCAAAAGCAGCAGGACACUGAUUCACAUCCAGCGAAUGAGGGUGCAGCCAAGGUCCAGGGUAAGCCCUAUAAAGACCUGGAGGGAGAGCAGCUGGAGGGGAAACCACCGGUUGAAGACAUAGCUGGAAAAAUCAUUCAGAAAAAUCCAAACUCAAAAGAGGAAAUGUCCAGGAAAGAUGGGGCAGCGCCACAAAGAACAGUCACUCCUCAUAUCACAGUGAAUAUUGAUGAUAAGCCUGGUAAAGACUUUGUACCUCCCAAACAAUACAAUCUGAAAGCUGCGAUCGACAGGCCUCUGACUUCCAAACUGUUCAGCAGCCUUUCCAAAACCAAGAGCGCCGAGAGCAAGGCAGAGCCGGUCGACGCUGCAGGAGGAGCUCCAGUUGGGAGGAGACUCCAACACUACAUCUCCACGGACAGAGGCUUCCUGCCGUGGGAGAGGAGGAAAUACUUUCAGGAACUUCUUGAGGAAGAGGAGCGUCUGCAGAGAGAACUGUCCUACGAGACUGACGGUGCUGCCACCAUCCGAAAGCUGCAGGACACCUUUGCUGACUCGCUGCGCUACGUCAACAAGCUGCUCAACGGCCAGUUUGGGUUCACGUCCCGCAAAGUGCCUGCACACAUGCCUCACAUGAUCGACCGUCUCAUCAUGCAGGAGCUGCAGGACACAUUCCCAGAGGAGUUUGACAAGACAUCAGGCCACCGUGUUCGUCACUCAGAGGACAUGCAGUUCGCCUUUUCGUACUUCUACUUCCUGAUGAGUGCUCAGCAGCAGCUCAACGUGUCUGAAGUGUUUGAUGAGAUCGACACCGACCACUCAGGUAUCUUGUCCGACCGGGAGAUUCGAACUCUGGCCACAAGGAUCCACGAGCUGCCACUCAGCCUCCAGGACCUGACAGGUCUGGAGCAGAUGUUAAUAAACUGCUCUAAGACGCUCCCAACUAACCUGACCCAGCUCCACCUGGUGAACCCAACUCAGGAGGCCUACUAUGACCCCAGCAUGCCUCCUGUCACGAAAGGCCUCGUCCUUCACUGCAAGCCCAUCACAGAACGCAUCCAAAAAGCCUUCAGAGACCAGAAUAAGUACAAGUUUGAGAUCAUGGGGGAGGAGGAGAUAGCUUUCAAGAUGGUGCGGACAAAUGUGUCCCAUGUUGUCGGCCAGUUAGACGACAUUAGGAAGAACCCCAGGAAGUUCAUCUGUCUGAACGACAACAUCGACCACAGCCAUAAAGAUGCUGCCACAGUGAAAGCUGUGCUGAGAGACUUCUAUGAGUCCAUGUUCCCGCUGCCGUCCCAGUUUGAGCUGCCAAGAGAGUAUCGCAACAGGUUCCUGCACAUGGAGGAGCUCCAGGAAUGGCGGGUGUAUCGGGACAAGCUGAAGUUCUGGACGCACUGUGUCCUCGUGACGCUCGUCAUCUUCACCAUCAUGUCCUUCUUUGCCGAACAGCUGAUUCUGCUGAAGCGAAAGCUGUUCCCCAGACGCAGAGUGAACAGAGACAUCAACCCUGAGCGGGUGUGAAAGAAUGGAAGACUUCCCUCUCCUCUCCUGUCUGCACUUCAACAACCUCCACCUUUUCUCUCCUGCUCAGUCAAGAGGAUUCGGAGUGGGGGAACUGGGUGGAAACAGGAAUCUGAAGUCCUCGGUGCUUGUGUUGUAUCAGCACGGACGGAGGACAGAGACUAAUGUGAGAUGGUGAUGAAACAUUUUCCAGAAGAUGAUGGAUGGGGCUGGCCAGUGUAAGGAAUGGCAGCCAGAAAGAAGAACCCUGUAAUUCUUCUGUUCCUUCACCAGGGGCGUCUCAGACGUUUGUACAACACACUCACUUACAGAAACACAAACAAACACUCCCUCCACACUGCACCACCCUCCUCCUAUCCUGCCUUCACCGUGUCAUUGAUUCAUGUGCUGUUAACGUGUGAAACAUUUGACAGCAGCAGGUCAGGACUCGUCGUGUGCAUGUGUGUGUGCAGCAAGCAAGUUUUACUAUGAAAUCCGCAAACUGUUUUGUUUAGAGCUCAAACGAUUAGCGGAUUAAUCGAUCUGUAACUGUUUUGAUAAUCUAUUAAUCAUUUGAGUUACUUUUGAAGGAAAAAUGUGAGUCUUUUUUUCUGUUUUAUAUUAUUGUGGAUUGAUUAUCUUUGGGAUGUGGACUGUUGGUCAAACUAAAAAAUACAUUUUAAGAUGUGUUCUGGGAUGCUGGGAAAUUGUGAUGGGCAUUUUUCCACAGUUUUAUUGACGGAAUAGUCAUUAGACGAAAAGAGUCGGUACUUGGAGCCCUGGUUUUGUUUGGCUUUUAGUGUAAUGUCUUCAUUUUAAAUAAAAUGAAGGAAGAAGAACAAAUGGGAAGAAUAAAAGAGUUAAUUUAAAGCUGGGGAAGGCAGAAAAAAAAUCUGCAGAAUUAAAAAAUCACCCUCCUCCUGCAGCUGCUCCCUCUCCGUCCUAAGCCCCUCCCAUCAGACAACCAUGAGCAUAUGCACAUGCUUCAUACAGUAACCCAGUGUUUCCCACACUACUGACCAGAGUUGCACACACCCUCUUGUUAUCAAACUACAAAUGAGACAAAAACUACCUAGCUAGCCACUCCACGGUCUCUCUGCCAUGCUCACUGAGGCUGUGGACUACUCAACCUGGAGGAGAGCCAGCAGCUUCAGGGAGGGACUUUUGGUGGCGGCUGUCGUGGUUUGAAUUUGGCCAGCCAAAUCCCCUAGUGCUGAGCGCCCCCAGCACCAGGUCUAACCUUUGUAACAGCAGCAACAGAAAGUUUCCUGAUCUGGCAGGGAGUUGAGGCUCUCCAGUCCCCCAGAACUGGAGCUUGCUGCGACUGCUGACUAGGGGUCUUAUUCAGGAGCCGCUGCUCGCUCUCCUCCUGGCAAGGUGGUCUGUGAUUUGAGUCUUUCGCUAAUAUAAGCUGCUGCAGCCAUAAGCCUUUGGCUGCAGUUAGAAAAAGGCUUAAUUAUUAGCAAGGCUUUGCCGAUAGUAACAUGUUCAAUUCUCUUUAUCGUCAGACUCUCUUUAGAUAAGGCCAUCUUCCUUUUGGGUUGCUUUGCAGUGUAGGCAGUUACAGACCGAAUAACAGUAUUUAUUUCCAGUAACGUCUGGGUAGAAAAACCUGGUGUCACGUACAUAACAUCAAACAGUGCUCAAUCAAACCGCUGCUUCAAUUAAUUAGUUUUAAGCCUCCUUAAAAAAAAAGUCGGUAUCAGUUUAAGUGUACACUAUAUUUAGAAUACUUUCAUGGCUUUACCUUGCCGUCAGCAGCCCUUUCCAACAGGUAACUGAAGUCGAUACGUCAUAGUACGAAAGAGUUGCUGGUCUACCACUGCCUCUAUCCGCUAUUGUGUGAGGUAAAGAGGUGAAAGUAUUCCAAAAAAGUAUACAUUGAAACUGAUACUGAUUUUUCAGGUGGCUAAAAUAUGUUGUACAGCAGCCCCGUCCACAGCAGUAUAUUCUUUAGCUUCCAUGCCAGUAAAUUUGGUUCAUCAAAAUGAUAGCAAACUGCCCUCCCCAGCUUUAAGUGUCGGCUGUCAUAUCUGUGUUGUCCCUAAAAACAUGAAAACUUGAAGUGCCUUCGUUGUUCAUUCCUUCUUGUUUGAACAUUUGUGUUUAUCUCCUCUUGUUGUUUUUUUUUUUUUUUUAACUUGUCUUCUUAUAAAUGUGGGCCACAUCACACUCUAAUCAGGAAUGGAUGGGACAUGGGAUAAUAUGAUUCUUAAUGUGGUACAAGUGUAUUGCCGGAGCUACAUGUAAGUGAUACUACAGCUUUCAUAGCCACCUGUAUGUGUGUCCCCGUGGGACUCGACAGGCUCGCUACUGUCUGAAAUUCAGACCCCUCAGCAUGUUCUGUAACUUAUUUUGAUUGUCUUGUUGUGACAGUGAGCCCAGUGACUGAUGCAUCUGGUUCGAACGCCGCAGAAUGUUAACAAAGCCUCAGACAGUGCUCGACAACUUUUCCCUCAGAAUGUCAGUUUUACAAAGUUCUUUAUUAUAAUAAAAAAAUGGAAUUGACUACUUGAUGUUGUCAGCAUUUUACUGCUGCCAAAAAGUCAUAUGAUGUGUGUUAUGAUGUCAGUAGGCGGGGCGAUGAGUCACAUAUCUGUAAAAUGGGAUUUCCUCAGAUUGCAUCAGUUUAGUGGCUCCUCUGACUGAAAUAAAAUGUGGUUUGGUUCAGUCAA